AUGGGAGUCGAUGACGAAAAGAGAAUCAUGGACUCAAACAACCACAUGGUCAAGGAUAGCUCUUCCUACGACCAGCCGCCCCUUCCGCAGCCCUCUGACACUGUCUCCGCCGAGGUUGAGCCAGUCAAGAAGCCAUGGUGGCACUCAGUCAUCGAACCCGGCUCGGCCACCCAGAUUAUCAUCGCUGCCAGCCUCGCCAUCGGCAUCGGUCUGGGUGUCUCUGCCGCUAUUGGCACCGACAACAUCCCGCCGGCUGCUCCCGUCAUUCUCGGCAUCCCCGGUACCCUCUGGCUCCGUGCCCUGCGUGCCACUGUUCUUCCCAUGAUUGUCUGCGCGAUGAUUCUUGCAAUUCAGCGACUGCGCGAGGUCUCCAAGGGUGCUGCCGUUCUCGCUAGGUGGACAAUCCUCUACUAUGUUCUCACGACCAUUCUCUCUAUUGCCUUCUCAAUCAUCAUGACCUCUCAGAUCUGGGAGCCCAUGAUGGAGAACGCAGCCACGGAAGAGGGCUCCUCGGAGCUCGAGGAGAAGAAGCCCCACGAGAUUGUGUCCACACUUUUCAAUACUCUCAUCCCCCAAAACAUCGUCUAUGCUCUGGCCAACGACGAACUUCUCGCCAUCCUCGUUACCUCGAUCGUCGUCGGUUACCUCAUUAAGAACCCUGCAACCUCCGCCAUCCUUCGUGCCGUCGUUGAGAUCGAGGCCAUAAUUACCACAGUCAUCACCUUCCUUAUCAAGCUGGCCCCCAUAGGUGUCUUUUUCCUGAUUCUUCCCAACCUUUUCAGGCUCGACAUCUCCAGCGUCGGCACGAACCUUGGCAUCCUCAUCGGUGGAUCCGUCAGCUCCAUGAUGAUCCAUCUCUGGGUCAUCCUGCCCAUUUUGUUCUUCGGCUUCACUCAAAAGAACCCCUACACUUACUGGGGCAAGUCGUCUGCCUCAUGGCUUACUGCUUGGGGUACCGCUUCUUCGGCCGCCACCCUGCCUGUCACUCUGCGUGUCGUGCGCGAGCGCGGCGUCCCAAACACUGUAACCAAGUUUGUCGUUCCCCUCGGUUGUCUGAUCAACAUGGACGGUACCUCCAUCUACUUUCCCGUCGUAUGUGUCUUCAUGGCUGCCACACAGGGUAUCAAACUUGACGCCGGCCAGUACAUCAUGAUUCUCCUGCUCUCCACCCUCUCGGCCAUCGGAACCACGCCCAUCCCCUCGUCCUCUCUGGUUCUCACCCUCAUGAUCACCUCGUCCGUCGGCAUUCCCGAGACUGACAUGUUCGCUGUCGUCGUUGCUAUUGAUUGGUUCAUCGACCGUUUCCGCACCAUGGUGAACGUCUCGGGCGAUAUCUUUGCCGCCGGUAUCAUAGCCAAGAUGACAGGCGUUACCGAUCCUGAGGACCUUACGGACGAGGACCUCAUCGCCCAGCGCAGCAGCGCAGUCAACGACAACGUCGACCGUGUUUAGCGGACAUGGUUGGGCCUUGGUGGACAGUGGAGCGUUUUGUAGGAACAAACAUAAGCCGUUCAGCGCGAUGCCGCCUCCAUCGUGACAAGAACUGCCGAGGCCACCCAGUUUGGGCACCGCUAUGAAGAGUCUGGUGAAAACAGGAUCGAUAUUUCUCCGGGGGGUCCUGAUUGCACGAUAACCUACCUCACUUCCAGACCACAAAAUCCCGACCACUUGCGAUACAGU